AUAGGAGGCUCCCAGCAGAGACGGACAGUGAACAGCGGAGCGCGCGCGCAACGGAUCUGCUGGUUAAACUUGUUCGCUUCCUAUUUUUCUCCCUACCCUUUCCACACACAUAGGCACACACAUACACGUACACGCACACACGCACGCGCGCACGCGCGCGCGCACGAAUGCCUCGUUCUUUUCGGCAGCAACCGUGAAGCGGAUUACCGGGCUAACUCACCGGGCACAGAGCGACUCAUUCCUCAGACUCUCCAGACGGCAGGAGACUAUUUUUUUGUCUUCUUCUCUUUUGUCCCACUCCGUAGACUGCGGAUUUGACCCUCGGUCUUUUUCGGCGGAUACUGAGCGCGCGAGCCGAGAUCAAACAAAGUGUGCGAACAUUAAGUCUGCAGUUCGUUUUCCAGCGGGGACGUGAAGAACCCUCUCCGUGCCCGUCCAGCGGUCUUCUCUUGCCCCCCCCUCCCCCCGCCUGCUCCGGUUCAACCGCACCGGUCAGACUCGGAAGGAGCAACAGCCUCCGCCGGCGCACCAGUGAGGUAGAAAAGCCCCCCACAUCGAGCUGCAACCAUGGAUGAAAUGGACCUUCCCCAGAUGCAGAAGGAGGUGGAGAGCCUCAAGUACCAGCUGGCCUUCAAACGAGAGAAGUCCUCCAAAACGGUGACUGAUUUGGUAAAGUGGAUAGAGGACGUCAUCCCGGAGGAUCCCUUCCUGAACCCGGAGCUGAUGAAGAGCAACCCGUGGGUGGAGAAAGGAAAGUGCAUCCUUCUCUAGAAGAAACCACCCAGCACUGCCCCGACCCUUCACCUUGAACCACUCUGACCAACACGCACCUCGCGAUGAGCCCCUGGACCUGACCCUCCUGUCCCCCGGCCUGCGAGGGCCACGGCGGGACAACGCCCCCCCAACCUCUCACCUUGAAUGUACGACAGCUGAUGUCUCCCCACCCCCACCCCGACUUCCCCGAACACACACUGCAACAAAGCACACACACACACACACACACACUUACACACUCCAAACUCUGGGUUGUUGCCCCCGACCACCACACACAUCCACUGCAAGUUUAUUCCUGCCAUGGCGGUUGCAUACGAUAUAUGAUGAUCAAUAUUCCUAUUACAUGUCUCUGUAUGAUAUAUGGUAUUUAUGCAGCUGCCAGUUGACACGCUUUCUACUCUUCAUUGUGUGCAUAGCACUUUUUUUUCUCUUCCAUUUUUGAUGAGUUGUAAUAAACUGUAUUCUCAUUCUCA